GUAUUUACUUCCGGGACAAUACCUUGAAGCUCUGAAAAUAAAUAAACAAAAAUGUUUCCAUCUUAGUAAAAAUGGCUUCUCUUGACAGAGUAAAGGUGCUGGUUUUAGGAGAUUCAGGGGUGGGGAAGUCGUCUCUGGUUCAUUUACUGUGUCAGAAUCAAGUUUUGGGAAACCCCUCCUGGACAGUAGGCUGUUCUGUGGAUGUGCGGAUACAUGACUACAAAGAGGGCACUCCAGAAGAGAAGACUUACUACAUUGAAUUGUGGGAUGUUGGAGGAUCUGUAGGAAGUGCCAGCUGUGCAAAGAGUACCAGAGCAGUUUUCUACAGCUCUGUCAAUGGCAUCAUAUUGGUCCAUGAUUUAACCAACAAGAAAUCUUCACAGAAUUUAUACCGCUGGUCCUUAGAAGCCUUCAAUAAAGACUCUUCGCCCACAGGAGUUAUCGUCACAAACGGGGAUUACGACAGGGAGCAGAUUCCGGAAAACCUGCUCCCCCUGCUGGUGAUCGGGACCAAGUUCGACCACAUCCCAGAGAACAAGCGCAGUGACGUACUGGCCCGGACCGCCUUCCUGUCAGAGGACUUCAACGCUGAAGAGAUAAACCUGGACUGCACAAACCCCCGUUACCUGGCGGCUGGCUCCUCGAAUGCAGUGAAGCUGAGCAGGUUCUUCGACAAGGUCAUCGAGAAGCGAUACUUCACAAAGGAAGGUAGCCAGGCUGGCUUUUCAGACCGGAAGCGUUUCAACUUCAAGAGCCUCCAUUACGACUGAGAAUGGGACGGAUGUGCAGGGAUGUGUGCGUGAUUUCCCAGGGCGUAAAGCACAUCAGUAACAGGACAGGCAUCAGCCACGGCCUCUCAACUUUUAAUCGAAUCGGCUAAAUCGUUUACACACUCUGGCUUUUUUUAUACACUACUUGUACAGACUCAUGAAUGACAACAGAAGACUGUCCGAAAUGCAUGUUUUACUGCAGGGAACUGCACUGCGCUGCACGGGCCUCCGGACUUUGCUUAGUUGCAUAAUGCGCGCCAGUCCUGCCUUGUUAGGCAGUGUGGUGCCAGAUGUUAACCACAUUUCUGUUACCAAGAACCGCUGUUGUAGAAGGAGCAGCUGCAGGCCUGGUUUUAUCACCUCUGCAAGCCUGCCACUUCUUCUGCUUCUGCAACAAAGGACUGACAAACGACUUGUUUAGAAAAGCAACUACACGCUCUGAAAAUAAUCGCCAGCACUAUUGUGUGUACAUAUUUAGUGCUGUGUCUGAUGGCUUUGCCUGUUACAUUGCAUUGGAGCGAAUCGGCUAACCUUUAGAUUCUAAUUAUCCUCAUUGUCC